CCGUCAGCAGCAGUACCUACAGUUAAUAUAGUAUAAUUCACUGUAAAUUCUCGUUGAUAUUAUAUAUUUUAAUAUUUCAUCCUUUCGACGUCGACAACUGCACACAACAAACAAUAAUAUGAUUGUCUGCAAAGUGAUAUUUGCCGUCGCCGUCGUGUUCGUAACUGUUGCUCAAAUCCAGGGUAAGCCCGUUUCCGAUGACACCACCUCUGUCCAGAACAGUCUGAAAGCUUUCGCCGAUGGUCUCAAAUCCGAAUUUGAAUCUCUCAGUAAAUCGUUUGAAGGAAAAUCUACCGUGUCCGAUCUGAUCAUGGAAUCCUCCAAGCAAUUCCAAACAGCCAUGGAUACGUACGCCAAGACCUGGCCUAUGGAACUCUUCUCGGACGACUUAAACGAGAAAAGCGAACAACUUAGGCACAUGGUAGAACAUGUCAAUGUGAUCACUGAGAGAGCCCGAGGAAACACCGAGAUUGAGAAGCAAUUCAGGGAGUUCACAAAGAAAAACAUUGAAAUGCUCAUGGAACAAACGAAAUCCUUCCAAGCUAAAAUCGCCGAAGUUAAGAGAGCCUAAGAUGAACAAGUCUUGACACGUUGUACCAACUAUGUCAACCGAAACGUGAUAACUGACAGUUAAUUUAUUACUUUUUAGUUUUAUAAUAUUGUAAUUUAUUUCACCCUCACAAAUUCAAAUAUUCAAUUUUACAGCUUUUAUACUUAAUAUUGGUGCUUUGUUAUUAUUUUAUAUCAAUGAAUCUGUUUUUGUGUAAAAGUAAUAACGAUAAUAGUACCCCCAAACAUUACGUCAUCUCAGAAUCAAAAGGUUCUAAAUCAAUGUUUUUGAAAAAUGGUUUUUUGCACAUUAUUAUUUAAUAUUUUUUUGUUGUUUAAUUCAAUCCUGAAAUCGUAUCUACCCGUUGAUUAUUCAAUGAUAUACAGAAAAUGAAAAGGUUCUAAUUAAUACGUGAAUGAUUGGUACGGGCUAACUUAAAAACGUUCUCCAGAACAAUUAAAAAAAUUACGUUAGAACCUUUUCAUUCUGAGCGACGAUUAUAAGAAUAUGUAUAAUAAGUGCAGUUGAGCGGUGGCUAAACGUAUAGGAAAAGAACCGUUUAAGAAGACGUCACAGCCGCAUGUGUUAUAUUCGUCUUACAAGUGUACAACAUAGCAAAAACCAUUUUGUGGAGCACAGUAAUAUUAAUUUUUCCGUGUUUGUAGGAGUGGCUCCAUAAUGUCUGAACAUAUAGAGUAGAAAAUUAUCUAUGCAACAGCGUCCCUACAUUUUAGACAACAUAAAUACAAUAAAAGUUAUUUGCUACUAAACAUUUGGUUUUUUUUUCAUUUGCUUAUAAAAAAUGAUUGGAUAGUGAUAUUAAAAAAAUACAAACGCUGUUGCACAGAUAAAGUUUUUCCUUACGCGUUGUGAAGAUUUAGUAGUUCUAAAACAAACAUGGUGAGAGAAAUAUUGUGCCUCACAAAAUAGUUUUUGCUAUUUUGUACAUUUGUAAGACGGAUAAUAAACAUGCGGGUGUGCAUCCUCUAAAAUAUAUUUAUAAAUAUUAUCGUAACAAUAUUAUAACGUCCGUAUAAAAUGAAAUCAGAUGUUAUAUUUUAUAUUGUGGCCACUGAAACCGUUUAUUAUUUUUGUCGUAAAUUUUCGUAAUUUUAUCGAAGUAUUAUAAUUAAUUUUUUGUUGCUUAAGUUUUUGAGGUUUCGUAAAAACAGUUUUGGACCCAUUUUUUAUAAACAUAAAUGUGAUCUGAAACGCCAAAAAAAAAAUACUUGUAUAUAACAUUAUAAUAUAAUAUAAUGCAUUAACGAUUCCUGACAAAUUACCUUUUUUCCCAAGACGUUUUAUGAUAAUAUACAAUUUUAUACGGUUUAAUGAAAAAUAAUAGUCAUUAGAUCCCACUUAAGACCGAAAGACGCGAAUAAAAUGUUGUUAAAUAUAAUAGUUUAGUUUAAAAGACGAUAUUCAAAAUAAUAUGUAAGUCUAUAAUAUAAUAAUUUGUUAAUUUUUUUAAAACUUUUGUUUUUUGUUUUUUGUUAUUUUUUUUUUUUAUUCAUGGUACAGCUUAAACUGCUUAGGUAAUUAGCUUGAAAAAUGAAAUUAGGUAUUUAGUUACAUAUAAAUGAUACAAUAUUUUCUUAAAUUAGUUUUACAUAUAAGUUUGUUUAUUAUUAUAUACAUUUACCAAAAUAAAUGUUCACCUUUUCUUACCUAAA